AUGAAGAUGAUGCAAGCGGGAGCAAUCGUUGGUCCAAUAGAGAGAUCUUCUGGUCAGAAGCAACAUGCUCCCGGCGGUCCAAUUACUCCGGUGCACGAUCUCAAUGUUCCUUACGAGGGGACUGAGGAGUACGAAACUCCUACAGCUGAUAUGCUUUUCCCUCCGACUCCUUUGCAAACACCUAUGGCUACACCACUGCCGGGAAGUGCAGAUGGCUCUAUGUAUAACAUACCUACUGGAGGUAGUGAUUAUCCCACACCUGUGAAUGCUAGCGGUACUAAUGCUGAUGUAAAAGGUGGAAGGCCAAGCACUUAUAUGCAGUCUCCUUCUCCUUGGUCUAAUCAAAGGACCCCACUAACUGUUGAUGUUAAUGUUGCUUACGUGGAAGGACGGGAGGAGGCGGACAGAGGUACCUCAAAUCAACCCCUGACACAGGACUUCUUUAUGAUGCCUCCUGGAAAGAGAAAACGUGAGAAUUUUGCUACACGGUAUAAUAAUGGUGGUGGAUAUAUACCCCAACAAGAUGGAGCUGGAGAUGCUACAUCUGAAAUUGCAAAGACAGAGGGAAACAAGGUUUGUAAUUUAUUGGGUAGACAUGACUCAGCAACCAAUGCAAAAAGCAAGAUCUUAGCACACUUAGCUACUUCAUCAUCAAAGAUUCCGCAACUAGAUGGACCAAUUCCUGAUCCGUUUGAUGAUAUGCUUUCUACUCCCAAUAUUUACAAUUAUCAAGGAGUUGUCAAUGAAGAUUACAACGUAGCGAACACACCGGCUCCAAACGACCUUCAGGCUGCCACUCCUGCUCCUGUUGCUCAAAGUGAUACAGUUGAUGAUGAUGAUGAUGAACCAUUGAAUGAAGACGACGACGAAGACGAUUUGGAUGAUGUGGACCAGGAGGAGCUGAACACACAGCAUCUUGUUUUGGCUCAAUUCGACAAGGUGACUCGUACCAAGAGCCGAUGGAAAUGCACGCUGAAGGAUGGAAUCAUGCAUAUAAACAAUAAGGACAUCCUCUUUAACAAGGCAGCAGGGGAAUUUGACUUCUGAUUUUGUUAGAGAAAUGCCUUUGACCGUUAUAUGGUAGCAGUUACUUUUAAAGAGCAAGUCAGGGGUCGUUUCUUAAUUUUUCUUUAAUUAAUAUGUAAGUGAGAGGCUGAUGGUGGAAGGACAUGUGGUUCUUUAAUUUUAAUGCCUUCCUUGAAAGUUUCUAAACUGAAACAACAUUUAAAUUGAAAAUAGGAUGCAGCUAAGAAUAGAGUAGA